AUGAUUUAUUCACCCCAGAACUCAGACCACCGCUAUGAAGAGACCAUUCUUACCGCCGAGAAGGAUCUCUCGGUAUCGUCCAUCUCGUCCGUGGACGAGUACGACGCCGACUUGAAGAAGCCGGUGGAGGAUAAUGAGGAGGUGCCAUUAAAUCGCAAUGCGCGCUUUUUAAUAUGGACUGCCUUGAAUGUUGCCUCGACAGUUGGCAUUGUAUUCACAAAUAAAUCCAUCAUGUCCGAUGUCUCGUUCAGCAACCGCCAAGUUUCCCUCGCUUGUUAUCAUUUUUUUAUCACGGGCGCGACAUUAUGGAUCGCUUCCUUUCGUUUCUUCGGCGCCUUUGUCCCUAAACCCAUCAGUCUCAUACAAAUGACCCCCAUUGCAGCCGCCAUGGCCAUCCAAGUCGUACUACAAAACCUGUCGCUCGCGCACUCCUCGGUCAUGUUCCACCAGCUAGCGCGCCUCCUCUUAACACCAGUGGUGGCGCUGCUUAAUUACGUGCUUUUCCGAGUCAAAAUUCCUCGCGCAGCGCUUCUGCCAUUGGUUCUGCUGUGCUCUGGCGUCGGUGUCGUCACAUACUAUGAUUCACUUCCUGCAGCGGAGAAUGGAAGCACCACCACAGCGCACGGUGUAAUUUUUGCGCUGACAGCCGUCUGCGCCAGUUCAAUCUAUACCGUCUGGAUCGGGUAUUACCAUAAACGGUAUGAACUGAGCAGCAUGCAGUUGCUUCUGAACCAGGCACCUAUCAGCGCGUGCUUGCUCCUGUGCGCUAUUCCGUGGGCGGAGGCAAGUCCUGCUGUGUCGUCUGUCCAGACAUCAAUGUGGAGCAUGGUGUUGCUGAGCGGCCUACUCGCCUGCAUGGUGAAUUUGUCCCAGUUUUACAUCGUCGACGCCGCUGGGGCCGUCAGCGGCGCAGUCAUUGGACAGCUCAAAACCUGCAUUAUUGUAGGGCUGGGCUGGGCGUCGAGCAACCACGUCAUCCCGCGCGAGAGCGUGUUGGGUAUUAUCAUGGCAUUGGUAGGGAUGAGCAUGUAUAUGAAUAUUGUCCUUAAGAAUAGAUAA